AUGCGUGAGCUGGCCAUCGAGAUCGGGGUCCGAGCCCUACUCUUCGGGAUCUUCGUCCUCACGGAGUUCUUGGACCCGUUCCAGAGGGUCAUCCAGCCGGAGGAGAUCUGGCUGUACAAAAACCCCCUGGUGCAGUCGGACAGCAUCCCCACCCGCCUCAUGUUCGCCAUUUCCUUCCUCACGCCCCUGGCCGUGAUCUGUGUGGUGAAAAUCAUCCGGCGGACGGACAGGACGGAGGUCAAGGAAGCCUUCCUGGCCGUGUCCCUGGCCCUGGCCCUGAACGGAGUCUGCACGAACACGAUUAAGCUGAUAGUCGGAAGACCUCGUCCCGAUUUCUUUUACCGCUGCUUUCCAGAUGGGGUGAUGAACUCGGAGAUGCAGUGCACGGGGGACCCCGACCUGGUGUCCGAGGGCCGCAAAAGCUUCCCCAGCAUCCACUCCUCCUCCGCCUUCUCGGGCCUGGGCUUCACGACCUUCUACCUGGCCGGCAAGCUGCGCUGCUUCACGGAGACCGGCCGGGGCAAGAGCUGGAGGCUGUGCGCGGCCAUCCUGCCCCUGUGCUGCGCCACCAUGAUCGCCCUGUCUCGUCUGUGCGACUACAAGCACCACUGGCAAGACUCCUUUGUGGGCGGGGUCAUCGGGCUCAUCUUCGCCUACACCUGCUACCGGCAGCACUACCCGCCCCUGGCCAACACCGCCUGUCACAAGCCCUACGUCAGCCUCCGAGCCCCGGCCUCGCUGAAGAAAGAGGAGAGGCCCGUGGACAGCGCGCCCAGCCCGCCUCCCGAGGGCAUCACCGAGGGCCCCGUCUGA